AUGGAGCCCGACCGAGAGUUUCCACCAAACGCGCCCGUAUGUGACAUGACGUUGCAGCACCCGCGACCACUCGCGGGCUCCGAUAUCGCCGACAACCCACAGCCCUACCCUUCGACGUUUGAAGUCUCCCAGCACUUUCGUAGGAACAUCCGCAAAUGGUACUUCUUGGAUUGGGACGCCCAGGGCCCCAGCGCGUCGCAGCCAGAGGGAUGCCGCAAGUCACUAUUUUUAGCGGUCAAGUAUACGGACUACGUUGAGAGGAGAAUAGCAACGACGUUACGACUGCUGCUCAACGAACACACUCGCGUUCGUCAGAUCCCAGAAAGGGUUGGAAAGCACUCAAAGCGCAUCGAUAAAGCAUUGCCGGGCAAGCACACCCGCAAGAUGUACGACGAGCUAACUAGAAAGGAAUCUGAAGUGUUGGUACAACUUCGAACUGGCAAAUCACGACUGAAUGGCUACCUUUGCAAAAUCGGGGCAGUGGAAUCGGAUGAGUGCACCUGCGGACAGUCGGCGGAAACCGUGGAACAUUUCCUCUUUCGAUGCAGAAGAUGGACGGUACAACGAGAAAUCAUGCUUCGAUAUGCUCGCGGAAAGAUGGGAAACCUGUCUUUCUUCCUAGGAGGCAAGGCAGAGUCAGACGAUGACAAGUGGCAGCCCGAUAUGGGGGCUGUACGGGCGACAAUACAGUUCGCGUUGGCAACGAAACGCUUCAGUAUGGACCGACAAGGGACCAUGUACUGA